UCUUUUUCAGUUAUUAUCAAAAAAUUCCCAAAAAUCUAUUAAAGGAAAAAGAAGCUACAGAACACCCAUUUGUCCCCCUUCUUCUUCUCUAUUAGAGCGAGACAAAGCUUGUCUGGUCUUACUUCAACCUUAUACAAAUAUAUAAUCUGUAUAAUAUAUAAACAUAAAACAGAUACAGAGGACUUGGCAUUGGCAAUGGAGUACGAGAGGAUUGAGAAGGUGCAGAAGAAGAGCAUGCUCUCGCCAACGAAGCUGAGAAUGAAGCUAAUGGGUCCGCACAAUAAUAACAAAAAGAAAGAAGGGUCUAACAAUAACUCUUCAAGAACGUCUCCUGUUCGUCUUCAGGUCUCUGACGGCACAGAAUUCUCGAAGAACAGCUUGCUUGCUUCUAAAUCUGAUUCAUACGGCGACGAUGAUAAUGUGGCGGCUUCCACAACGGACAUAGGAGUAGCUAAACCGCCGGUUUUGGACCUAACCGAUACUCAAGCCUCGAGACAUCGGUCUGAAGGUCUUACGAGAGAAAACAAUCAACUGAAAAAGGCUGACAUGAGUAUGGCUCUGCGAACAACACAAGAAGAUGAAAAUCUUGAUUACGACAGUAACGCAAGCUCCUCAAGCUUCGAGUUUCACGGUGGUGUUCGUGGAGAGCGUUCGAAUCAGAGUCAUGUCUCAAGAGCAUACUUUUCGAGACAAAUGCCAUCCAAGUGGAAUGAUGCUGAGAAGUGGAUAAUGAGCAGACAGAACAUGGUGAUGAGGAAGAACGGUCAAGGGAAUCGGAUGCCUGUUAGAGUUAUGACCGAUAAUACAUGUUACGAGCAUAGCAACUCUAGGAUACAAACUGAGGGGUCCGACAAGUUCCCUAAUUACGUUCCACAUCCCGUUCCAACUCAAGGUUAUGGAGGAAACUUGUUGAUCGAUCAACCCACAGAAAGCAAUGAUCUUGUGGACACAACAAAGGACUCAUCACGUAACGAUACUCCAGCUGGUCCUGUGAUUCGAUCUGUAUGUAUGAGAGAUAUGGGAACUGAUAUGACGCCAAUACCAAGUCAAGAACCUUCAAGAUCUGUGACACCAGUUGGUGCAACAACUCCUCUUCGCAGCCCGACUUCGUCUCUACCCUCUACUCCUAGAGGAGGCCAGCAAGAAGAGUCACUAGACCCGUCAGCAAACACAAAAAGAGAACUAUCCGAGGAGGAAAUGAAAGCGAAGACGAGAAGAGAGAUAGUAACUCUCGGAGUACGGUUAGGGAAGAUGAACAUCGCAGCUUGGGCAAGUAAAGAAGAAGAGGAGAACAAUAAAAACAAGAUAGAUGCAGAGGAGACACAGAGGAUUGAGUUUGAUAAACGAGCAAAUGCUUGGGAAGAAGCAGAAAAAUCAAAACAUAAUGCAAGGUAUAAGCGUGAGGAGAUCAGAAUCCAAGCUUGGGAAAGUCAGGAGAAAGCCAAACUCGAAGCAGAAAUGCGACGAAUUGAGGCUAAAGUUGAGCAGAUGAAGGCUGAAGCUGAAGCAAGGAUAGUGAAGAAAAUAGCAAUGGCUAAGCAAAGCUCGGAAGAGAAACGAGCUUCUGCAGAAGCUAGAAAAGCCCGUGAUGCCGAGAAGGCAGUGGCUGAAGCCCAAUAUAUCAGGGAAACCGGUCGAAUACCGGCUUCAGGUUACAAGAUAUGCUGUGGUUGGUUCUCAUGAGGCACUUGAAAUGUUUUUUUUUUUUGGCUUUUGAGUAAAUCAGGAUUUGAGAACCUUUUGUGUAAUAUAUAAAUGGAAUGCAUUUUGUGCUGCA